CAUGGGAAAGAGCACAUAUGGAACAGCAUACAAAGCAACAUUAGAAGAUGGUAAUGAAGUUGCAGUGAAAAGACUGAGGGAGAAGACAACAAAAGGGCAGAAGGAAUUUGAAACCGAAGUUGCAGGACUCGGAAAAAUUCGUCACUCGAAUCUCCUUGCUCUUAGAGCCUACUACUUGGGCCCCAAAGGAGAGAAGCUCCUUGUCUUUGAUUACAUGCCUAGAGGAAGCCUCUCUUCCUUCCUUCAUGCUCGUGGACCGGAAACAACAGUCGAUUGGCCGACAAGGAUGAAGAUAGCAAUCGGAAUUACGAGUGGGUUGGGCUACCUCCACACAGAGGAGAAUCUAAUCCAUGGGAACCUCACAUCCAGCAACAUUCUGCUGGAUGAUCAAACUAAUGCUCGAAUUGCAGAUUUUGGGCUUCCUAGGCUCAUGACUUCAGCUGCAGCUACUAAUGUGAUUGCCACUGCAGGAACACAGGGCUAUAAUGCACCUGAGCUAACAAAAACCAAGAAAACCACAACAAAGACAGAUGUUUACAGCCUUGGAGUCAUAAUAUUGGAACUUUUGACUGGAAAAUCUCCUGGAGAAGCCAUGGAUGGGAUGGAUUUACCUCAGUGGGUGGCCUCAAUAGUUAAGGAGGAGUGGACCAAUGAAGUAUUUGAUUUGGAGCUUAUGAAAGAUACGCCAAAUAUUGGUGAUGAACUUCUGAACACUUUGAAACUUGCCCUGCAUUGUGUGGAUCCCUCGCCGGCGGCUCGGCCAGAUGUUCAGCAAAUUCUCCAGCAACUGGAGGAGAUUAAGGCAGCUUCCACUUCCGGUGAUGGAGAUGAUGGCGCAAAAAAUCAACCAGCAAAUGAAUAGACCUAAAUAUCGACAUAGAAUUAUAUAGAUUACCACCCAGAUGAGAAGAAUAAAUGGGUAUUAUUAUUUUAUUUGUUAUAGUAGAAGAGAGAUAUAUUCUUUUGUUUUUGUCAGUUUGUAUUCCAAUUAUUCUUUUAUUCAUAAUGAUUCAAGUUCGUGUAUAUUGGUGAUACAAGUAUAAUGCGAUUUUUAUAAAUGCAAUUUAAGUUGAUUGUGAGUUUCUGUUUUU